GGAUCACGAGUUCGGUUUGAUUCGCAAAAAUCCCGACUCGAAGGAGGCCAGACAACUCUUUGAUAACUUGGCUGCUUUUAUGAAAUACUUCUAUGAUUUAGGUGUAAAGCCUACACUCUACAAAUACAUAAAAACUCCCACAUACCGACGCUUUGAAAAAACAAUGGAUACAAUAUUUGAUCUGACAAAUCGGUAUGCUAAUGAGGCCAUAGCACGCAUGGAACAGAACCCUUGCAAGGAAGGCGAGGAACGCAGUGUGCUGGAGAAACUUUUAAAAAUCGAUCGCAAAAUUGCCAUUAUUAUGGCAAUGGAUAUGUUAUUGGCCGGUGUGGAUACGACAUCCUCUACGCUGACAGCCGUGUUGCUAUGCAUUGCUAAAAAUCCGGAAAAGCAGCAAAAAUUACGCGAAGAACUGUUGAAGGUGCUGCCGCACAGAGAUCAACGCUUCACCACUGACAAUAUGAAGCAUUUGCCAUAUCUGCGCGCUUGCAUCAAGGAAGGGAUGCGCCUCUAUCCGCUUGCCUUUGGUAACAUGCGUGCAACCGGCGCUGACGUGGCGCUUAGCGGUUAUCGUGUACCAAAAGGUACGCGCGUGUUUAUGAACUCUAAUUUUUUGGUACAUGAAGAAAAAUUUAUCCCACGCCCACGGGAGUUUCUACCCGAGCGUUGGCUACGACAGCAGGAUGCGAAGACAGUUGGAGAUGAAAAACUAAUUGCUGAUGAUUUGAGUAAAUUUAUCUUUUUACCAUUCGGUUAUGGACCGCGUAGCUGUGUGGGCAAGCGUAUUGUUGAAUUGGAGUUAGAAAUGAUGUUGGCCAAUGUGGUUCGUCACUUCGAAAUCGAGUUUAAUUAUCCCACAGAUAAGGCUUUUGCGAACCAUUUUCUUAAUACACCACAAAUACCAUUGAAAUUUAAGUUCACUGAUUUGAAUUAUUAAAUUAAAUAUUAGCUAAAAAUUUUAAUUACACGCACAUACAGUGACGAACAAAAAAAAAAUAUCGACAAGGAGAAUUUUUCGCAAUAUAGGUAUGAUGCAAAGUUUUUCAUUCUAAUUUCCUUUCGAUAAGUUUUUAUGAAAACGUAAUUCAUACUAAUUCAAAAAAUAUUAAGUUAAAAUCUCUAAACUUUGUGCAAAACGCAGGCAAAUUCAACAAAUUUGCUUACUAAUUUGCGACUUUGUAUUCAGGUUUUUUUUGCAAAUUGCAUAUACUUUUGUUCGUCACUGUAUAUAUGUAUGUAUGUAUAUCAUGAUAUGCAAUUUAACUAGUUGAAUUUUGGCUGUGGCCUAAAAUUAUCUUCUAUAUCGACUGACGAAAAGUAAAAAGUGUUUUGGAAUUAGAAUACGAGUUGAGACAUAACAAAUCAAAAGGAUGAAAAAUUUACCGAUUCAACUUCCAUAUACAAAGCUGAGUAAAUAAACUGAUAUAUUGUAUGCAUAAGAAAAUAACACCUCAACAUGUUGACCACUUUUGGAAAUUGUUCUAUGGUUAAAUAAACUUUUAUUCAUUUUCUUCAUAAGUCCAGCUCAUUAUAUAAACUUUGUACUAAAGUUAUAAAAUUAAACGAAUUUUCACCAAUAUUUUAAACAUUAAAUUCUAAUGUAAUAAAGUGCAUAUUUCAAGUUG